CCUUAAUCUCCAACAAGACAGAUAAGAUAUACCCUCAUAGUACUAUUAUUACUUAGGUUCAUAACUUCAUAUAGCAAAAACCUUGCACCUAAUUAUCACUUACUUGUAGCAUCUAUAAAACCAUUUUGCUCCAUUCCACUUCCACACACCAAACACUAAAACAAAAUAUUAUACCUAUCAUUUGCAUCUUUCCAAAAAUCACCAAAUAUCUAGUAACUUCAAAAUUCAAUCACUAACAAGAAGAUGAAGCAAAUCAUCUUCUUUUGCCUCCUAGUACUAUUUGCUAAUAUCUUUUCUAUCACUACUUUAGCUCAAUCACCCGCGGCAGCACCUAAAGCCGCAGCAAAACCUGCCCCUACCACACCAGCACCGGCAACAGCACCAACCAAACCAUUAGUCCCCGCAUUACCUCAAUCACCGUCGUCUGAUACUUCGUCCGGUCAAGACAUCGUCAAAAUCCUAAGAAAAGCAAAAUCAUUCAACACGCUAAUCCGGUUACUCAAAACCACACAAAUCAUCAACCAAAUCAACGCACAGCUGGUGACAACAAAAAAUGGCGGUUUAACUAUCCUUGCACCUGACGAUGGUGCCUUUUCGCAACUCAAAGCCGGAUACUUCAAUUCCCUCGGUGAACGCCAACAGAAAGAACUGAUCCAGUUCCAUGUUCUUCCCGUUUAUGUCUCAAGCUCAAAUUUUGAUUCACUUAGCAACCCUGUGUUGACACUUGCAAGUGAUAGUCCUUCUGGUUAUCAAAUGAAUGUAACUGCUUAUGGAAACAGUGUGAAUAUUUCAACUGGUUCAGUUAAUGCUACACUCACAGGGAUUGUUUAUUCUGAUAAGACACUUGCUAUAUAUCAUGUUGAUAAGGUUCUUAUUCCUUUAGAUUUCUCUAAACCUAAAGCUUUGGCUCCUUCUCCUGCUUUGGCAAAGGCACCUAAAGCUGAUAAGGAUAGUUCAUCUUCAGAUGAUGACCAAGCAUCAUCAACCAAAGCUACUUCUGGUGCUAUCAGUUUGCUUGGUCUCCAAGGAACAAUGUUUGUGUCCCUUUUUGUUUGUUUAGUUGCAACAAUAUUAACUAUCUCCAGUUGAUGAAGACAACCUCAUUUGAAGGCUGUUAUGUUUUUUGAAAUUCUAUUGUGUUACUUUCUUGGUUUUGUUUUUUGUAUUUGUUAUUUAUGGGAAGUGUUUGUUUGAGAGCUUGUGAAGUGUGAACAUCCUUGCCUGAUUUUUUCUUCUUGUAAAAAUAAAAACAGAUUGUUUUGGUGAAAGAAAGUUGAAUUAUUUAAGUA